AGGACAUGUAUGUAUAAUAUGUAACAUUCGGCCCUAGAUAUCUACUAACAGCCAACAUCGAAAACUGGUACCGUCCAGAGCCUCACUACUACCUGCCUCAGAGAACAUCCUCUUUGCCUGUACGUAAGGACUUGCAACAAUGCUGCUGUUCGUCGCUGGUCUCAUCACCAUGUCGUGUCUCACCCUGUCAGUGCUCAACGCUGAUGAUGGUAGAGACGCCCUUCUAUACCAAGUGGACAUCUUCCUGCCCCCUAAGAAGGGGAGGGAUGAGACAGCGGAUAUACUGCACAUUAAGGAGACAGUGAAAGAUCUAUCUGACAUCGAUGUCCUUUUUUCAUUUAAGGAGCUCGGGAAUCCACGGAUUAUUCUUGUUCUUGAUGUGGAGAAAGCAUGCAGUUGGUCCCAGCUGACAGAUUUUCUAUUAAGCAAGGGAUAUGAGUACCGUGUCACAUCCCUCUAUCACGUGAGUGACUUCGCACAGGAACUCGGUGUCAACCUGACCAGUGAUUUAUGGGCAACAUCUUUCGAGAAUCAUCGCCUUGUGAUGGGCAGAGUGGUCUAUCCCGAGAGAGGCUUGUCAACACUGGAAUACAACGAAAUGCUUAAAUGGACGCUUGAGAGAGAUGCUGCCAUAGUCAGGUUCGGCCAGCAAAUGGCAGUGUUCAGAACUCUGGCAGAUUACCCGCUUGAGCUGAUCUACUUCGGACCAGCUACCCAACAUCGCGUUGAAGAAUAUGAGGAAUAUGUGCAUCGAGCAAGAAACUAUGAGGAUGUAGUUACUGGAAUCGAAAACCUUGAUUAUUACACAGGACAGUGCCAAGGAGACUAAUGUGUUGAGAAACGCUGUGUAGAAUUGAUCGGUUAAUGAGUUAACAUGUUUUAGUACAAUUAUUAGAACUCAUUAACUGAAUUCUUUCCAAUAAAGCUCUCAGCAAAUGCAA